AUGGCACAGAAGAGGAUCAAGAAGGAAUUGCAAGAUCUAGGCAAAGACCCUCCAACCAAUUGCUCAGCAGGGCCAGUUGGAGAUGACUUGUUCCAGUGGCAAGCAACUAUUUUAGGACCAAAUGACAGUCCAUAUUCCCAGGGCGUGUUCUUCUUGACAAUCAAUUUCCCCACUGACUACCCAUUCAAGCCGCCAAAGGUUGCCUUCACAACAAGAAUUUAUCACCCAAACAUCAACAGUAAUGGCAGUAUUUGCCUGGACAUCCUGCGGUCACAAUGGUCACCUGCGCUGACCAUUUCAAAAGUCCUUCUCUCCAUCUGCUCCCUGCUCACAGAUCCAAAUCCUGAUGACCCUCUGGUGCCAGACAUUGCUCGUGUUUACAAGACAGAUCGUGACAAAUACUACAAAACAGCCAGGGAAUGGACACAAAAGUAUGCUCAAUGA